AUGUCAUCCAGAAUUACUCGCUCCUCCGCGAGACUCGCCACAGAUCCCCCUCCCGCGGAGGCUGAUACACCGCUUCUCCCCGGAUCAACCACCUCUCGGAAACGUAAAGCUUCAUCUCGUCACGAACGCCCGGCAGACGCGCCACCACAACCAGCAGCCUCGUCACCCUCCCGGAAAGCAAAGCGACCGCGGACGGCAGCUCAGACAGCUCCAUCCACAGCUCCCGGCGCCCCAGCUCCCCGUCGAGGCGCCCGCAGCCGCCCAGCCAUGUCGCAACCCGGACCCUCACGGCCGUCGGAGGAAUCGUCCAAAUCUACAGUGACCCCGCAACCCACACGACGAAAGUCCAGCCGCAAUGAGCGCCCCGGGGCAACACAAUCACCACCUCGCCGCCAGAAGAAGCGAUCGGUUAAGCCAAAUGCGGACGUCAUAAUGCGGGACGCGGAGGAGGAAAUUGAGGAUGAGGAUGAAGACGAAGGACACGAGUCUCCUACGGGACAGAGCAACGAUGGCACCAACCCAGCUUUCGACGACGACGAUGACAUGGACCCCUUCAGUAGCAGUCUGUUUGGUGGCCGCGCCCCAAUGGCAUUGCAGAGUACACUUCGUGCUCUCAGUGGUAUGAUGAAUGGCACUUCAACUCGGUUCCGGGAUAUUCUCUCCAAUCUAAGAGCAAAAGACGAUCCUUCUCUUCAAUUGUGUGCUCUCCAAGAACUAUCAGACACAUUGCUGAUCUCCAACGAGGAUAACUUGGCCGGCCAGUUUUCCCCUGACCCCUAUGUGAAGGAGCUGGUGACUCUGAUGCAACCCAAUCAGUUUGGCGAAGAGAACCCCGAAAUCAUGCUCCUCGCAUGUCGGUCUCUGGCAAAUCUGAUGGAGGCCCUGCGUGGCUCCGUGGCGAGUGUUGUAUAUGGCGGUGCUGUGCCGAUUCUCUGUCAAAAGCUCCUCGAUAUCCAGUUCAUCGAUCUUGCUGAGCAGGCUCUGAGCACUUUGGCCAAGAUUUCUGUCGAUUUCCCUGCCUCUAUUGUGCGCGAAGGUGGUUUGACUGCUUGUCUCACAUAUCUCGACUUCUUCCCUACCAGUACUCAGCGAACGGCGGUGACUACAGCUGCCAACUGCUGUCGCAAUCUACCCCACGGUUCAUUCCCCGUGGUGCGCGAUGUGAUGCCCACUCUCCUUAACGUCCUUUCUAGCAACGACCCCAAGGUUGUGGAGCAAGGAUGCCUUUGUGUAUCACGAAUCGUCGAAAGUUUCAAAAACCGACCCGAGAACCUCGAGGAACUGAUUGAGCCUGCGAUGCUCAAGGCCGUUCUCCGAUUGUUGUUACCGGGAACAACUAACUUGAUUGGCCCCCAUAUUCAUACACAAUUCCUUAGGGUUCUUGCCAUCACCUCGAAGACAAGCCCACGACUAUCAAACGAGCUUCUCAAAAUGGACGUCGUGGAUACACUGUACCAAAUUUUGACCGGCGUGUCUCCCCCACAGGACGUGGAUAACACCGCCGUCAAGAUGGACAGUGUUCUGGUCAUGCAGGCAUUGAUUCACCGUCCCCGCGAGCAGGUUUAUGAAACGUUGAACGUCAUCUGCGAGCUCCUCCCGGGCGUCCCUAGUCGCGAUGCCUCGAAGACCGAUAACCUUCUCAGCACAUACUUUGACAGCCACAUGUCCAUCGGUCUGAGAUCCCCCAAAUCGAAAGAUGCCGUGGAGGACAGGCGAACAUUGCUUGAUAACUGCAAGAAAGAGUUGAAGCGUUUCGCAAUGAUUCUUUUCCCAACUCUGACCGAUGCUUACUCGAGCACGGUCAAUCUGCAUGUGCGUCAGAAGGUGCUGAUUGCGCAGUUGAAAAUGUUGCAUAUUUUGGAGCCAUCUUUGGUUGAGGAUGCUCUUCAGACCGUUCCUUACGCUUCCUUCCUGGCUUCUAUCCUCUCCCAACAAGAUCACCCAUCUCUUGUAUCUUUGGCGUUGCGUUGUGCCGAACUUCUCUUCCAGCGACUCGAAAAUGUUUACCAACAUCAGUUCCACCGUGAAGGAGUCAUUUCUGAGAUCAUCAAAUUGUCUGAAGGUACUCUCUCCGAGGGUGCCGAAAAUGCCGAUUGUUCAGACCCUACAGUCAUGGACACCACUGCAGACCCCUCCCGUACGUCCCGCACGGUUCGUGAAGCCGAGCGGGAUGAAGAUGACAACGAAGAUGAGGACCCUGAUGACUAUGACGACGAGGGCGAUGAUGAUGAUGGAGAAGACAUGUCCGAUUCGGAGGACGACUCUGCACCGAACCCACGUAAUCUGCAAAAGUUGGAGACUGCUCUCAAUGACGUGGUCAUUCGGGACGCGCAAGCCUUCCUUGAGGUAUAUGAAGCCAGUCACGGUGAAACUGUUCGCACCGAAGCUCUGCGGAUACUGACAGCCUUGAAAUCUCUGGCAUCUGAAAUCCAAAGUCGAUACAAGCGUGGGGCCGAUGGUGGUCUCCCCUUGUUCAAACAGCUUGCGUCUUACUUUGAUGGAGAUGCCUUGGAAAGUAUCACCAGUUCCGAGCUUUUGAACUCGGGCAUCAUUGGGGUUCUCCUGGACGUUCUUGGAAACUACCAAGCACCCUCUAUCCGCGAUGCCCGAGCUGCGUUCUUGCAGGCUUUCAUGGGUGUUUCCAUCUCAGACAAGGCCCAAAGCCAAAGCACAGCUACGACGCCUUUCAGCAUCCUUAUCCGGAAACUGCAAGACUUGCUUAGCAGGACAGAGCAUUUUGAAGUUCUUACCAUAAGCCACAACUCCCUCGAAAACACCCGCAGCAAUGCUACAUACAUGCUUUCCAAACAGCUGCGCCUCAAAUUGGUUGCUGAUGAUGACUCCGACGUUCCUCGUACUUAUCGCAACAUCAUGGUGUCCAUUCAUGCCAUCGCCCCUUUCCAUGCUUUGGAUGACUUCCUUCACCCCCGAAUUGCCCUAGCCGAGAAGCCACGUUCGUCGCGCUCUGACCGACAUAACAUUCUUUCCCAGCUUGCAACCGCUGCUCGUCUCCGCGACCAGUUGGCAUCCGGCUCUGGCAUGCUCCCCGGUCGCGGUGGCCUCAACGAUGCGAAUACCGAUGGCUCGACUGAUGGUCACGACUCUCCUAGCGCACGCCAGCGGCAUCAGAGGCAAGUGCAGCCACAAGAGGACGAGGACGAGGACCGCGGUGAUGAGCCCCUCGAAUGUGCCGAUGAAAGGCACUUGACCGACGAAGAUGACGAUGCAGGCGAGGAGGAUGAAGACGAAGAACUUAAUGCUAUUGACGACCUCGAUGAGGAUCUUGAGUCUGAAAAUGUCUCUGAUCCCUCGGCAGUCAACAUGGAGGUUGGAACUGGGGGUAAGGUGACAGCUCGAAAGGAGGAUGGUACUCGAGUUGGAACCCCAUCCCACACCACGGGUGGAUCGAAGGCCUCUUCGUCUACACCUAACCCCCAAUCCCACUCCAGAAGCAACAGUUCUCUGGCCACGGCCGGGCGUCCGUUCUCAUCUUACGCUGCAGCGACAGCUUCAGUUCCACAAGAUUGGCACCUUGAGUUCUCCGUGGAUGGCAAGGUUGUGGAUCUUGAAACAACCAUCUACAGGGGGGUUCAUCAUGAUCGUGAGAAUUUGGACGAGACCAGUGCUAAGAACGUCUGGUCCUCUAUCCACACCAUUACAUAUAAACGUGUUCCUGGCCCCCCGCCACCCGAGCCCUCUACACUCACCUCUACUUCCCAAGCUGCUGCCUCCCAUGUAGACACGCUGGAUAUUCCAGCCUCCCUCAGCAAGGAUGCCACAACUGCGUCUAUCAUUCGUCUACUCCGUGUGCUGCACGAAAUGAACGCUACUAUUGAUGAUAUCCUCACUGAUGUCAAAGACACGGCUGCGAUCAAGUCGGAGCCUCUUGCCCAGUUCAUCAAUACUAAGUUAACUGCCAAAAUCAACCGACAGUUGGAAGAGCCAUUGAUUGUGGCAAGUGAUUGUCUUCCCAGUUGGAGUGAGGAUCUAGCUAGGCUUUUCUCUUUCUUGUUCCCCUUUGAAACUAGGCAUUUGUUCUUACAGUCCACUGCUUUCGGUUACUCGCGGGCAAUGCUCAGAUGGCAAUCCUCUCUCAGCGGCGAGGACAGCCGAAGGGACAUGCGCCGUGACGACCGUCCAUUCAUGGGCAAGUUGCAGCGCCAAAAAGUUCGAAUUUCCCGCACCCGUAUACUUGAUUCUGCGCUGAAGGUCAUGGAGCUCUACGGAUCAUCUCCCAGCAUUCUUGAGAUCGAAUAUUUCGAAGAGGUUGGCACUGGACUUGGACCCACCCUUGAGUUCUAUUCUACGGUCUCCAAGGAAUUCUCCAAGAAAAAGCUCAAGAUCUGGCGAGACACCGAUGGCAGUGAGGAAGCAGAAUAUGCUUUCGGCAAGCGUGGCUUGUUCCCAUCGCCGAUGAGUGAUCAGCAAGCAAAUGAUGACAGCGGGAAGAAACAGUUGAAUCUUUUCAAGGUUCUUGGAAAGUUUGUUGCCCGCUCCAUGCUUGACUCUCGCAUCAUCGAUAUUUCAUUCAACCCCGCUUUCUUCCGUAUCGCUGAUACUAUGUCCUCUGUCGCCCCCUCCCUGGGUACUGUUAAAGCAGUCGAUCACGAUCUUGCCAAAUCUUUGAUCAUGCUCAAACAGUUCGUCAACGAGAAGAACGCAGUGGAGAACGAUGACCGACUCUCGCCAAACCAAAAGGCUGAGGCUUUGCAAGACAUCACAGUUCAUGGUGUCAAGGUUGAUGAUCUCAGCUUGGAUUUCACGUUGCCUGGAUACCCCUCUAUUGAGUUGAUCCCUGGUGGCACUGACGUUCCUCUGUCAAUAGAAAAUGUGGACACGUACAUCGAUCGUGUGAUUGACAUGACCUUGGGCAGUGGUGUACGUCGCCAAGUUGAGGCUUUCCGCGCAGGAUUCUCUCAAGUUUUCCCAUACUCUUCCCUUUCUGCAUUCACUCCAGGCGAGCUCGUUAUGCUUUUCGGACAGGCCGAAGAAGACUGGUCCAUUGAGACCCUCAUGGAUUCCAUCAAGGCCGACCACGGUUUCAACAUGGACAGUCGCAGCGUGCGUAACCUGCUCCAGACCAUGAGUGAACUGGACAACCAGCAACGCCGCAACUUCCUCCAGUUUGUCACCGGUAGUCCCAAACUUCCAAUUGGAGGAUUCAAGAGUCUCACCCCCAUCUUCACCGUCGUAUGCCGUCCCAGCGAACACCCCUACACACCCGACGAUUAUCUCCCCAGUGUGAUGACAUGCGUCAACUACCUCAAGCUGCCAGACUACAGCGACCUGGAAACUCUCAAAAGACGUCUCUCUGUCGCCAUCAAGGAAGGCCAAGGCGCAUUCCACCUGUCUUAA